AAAAAGAAGAGAUCCCAAUUCCAGUAACUAACCAACAUAAAAGACAAUAGACGGUGUUGCGCUAACAAAAAGAAAAUGAGAAAAUAUAACGGUGUUGCUUGUUAAAAUUGAUUGCAGUCGGUGAGUUAGCGAGACUAUCGUCAUCACAUAGAAAACGGACUGAUGAUUUUGCUUUUUUACUCUAUCCUCUGUGACGGAAUUGCUUCUCUCCAAUCUCCAAGUACAGUUUCUCCAUGGAUCUACAGGAUUUCCUUAUUCGUGCUCGAGUAUUCAAGCUUUACAGGCAAGCUUUGAGAGUUGCCGGUCGAGCACCUCCUCCUGCUAGAGGUGAACUGAGGCAAACAAUUAGACAAGAGAUGGAAAAUAAUCGAAACUGCAAUGACAAGCAAAUGAUCCGUUACUUGAUUAGUGAAGGAUUGGACAAAUUGAAACGACUCGAUGAAAUGCUUGAUAUGCAAGGUCACUGACCCAAUUAUAUAUUGUGUAUCUCUUUGUAAUAACAUCAAAUCUCUAUUCCAUAUAAGAACCUGAUUUAAUUUAUGUUUUUCUUUUGAAGGAUCUGUAAUUCCUGUUAACUGCCAUUUCCAAGUGAAAAAUGAAUUCUACAAUUCCUUAGAUAAAA